UCAACGAUGUACGGAACUCUCAGGAGGAUCUCAAACUUGGGAUGACACUGAUGAAGAUGAACGUUACCCAGCUGAUGCCUGGUUUAAGGCGGCUGCAAGCUAACAUGAACCUCGUGCUUUCACAGAUGAAGAACACAAUUACACAGAUGUUCAGUGAAAUAAGUAGCUCACAUGCAGAUUUGAAAAUCGAGCUCUCACAGAUGAAGUAUAACAUCGCACGGAUGUUCACUGAAAUAAGAAACUCUCAGUCUGAAUUCAAGAUCGAGUUUUCACCGCUGCAGCAUAAGAUCACACAGAAACUAAAGGAGAUUGGGGAUUCGCAGGCCGGGUGUUGGAUGGAGUUGUUGCAGAUGAAGAACGGCAUUGUGCAGAAGAUCAACGAAUUAAGAAACUCCCAGCCUGAUUUGAAGGGAGCGAUUUCCCACCUGGAGACAGAGAUUGCAGGGAACUUCAGCAAAGUAGAGAUAUCGCACGAAGAACUAAAGAGAGAAAUUUCACAAGUGAAGACUCAAAUUCCACAGCACCUUCGUGACAUACGGACCUCCCAGACUGAGCUCAGAAUGGACCAGUCACAAAUGAAGAGCCACUUUUCUCAGAUCUUCAAUGAGAUGAGGCAGUCGCAGGCUGGUCUCAACAUGGAACUUUUGCAGAUGAACAGCAACAUGACUGGUUUCUCGGAAGAGACGAGGAGCUCACUUUCUGCAAUCCGGGCUGACCUCACCCAGUUGAAGAACAUCACAGUGAUGUUCAAAGAAUUAAGGAACUCCGACGCUGCGAUCAAAAUGGAACUUUCCCGCUUGGGGAGUAAUGUGACAGGAAUGUCGGACGGGAUGAAAGGCUCACUCACUGAGCUCAAGGGUGAACUCUCCCAGCUGCAGAACAUCACUGAAAUGGUCAGCAAGAUGAGUUCACAGUCUGAGCCCAAGGUGGAAUGCUGUCUGGAUCCAGUAAAUGUUUCACAGAUCAUCGGUGAAAUAAACCACUCCCAAACUGGACUGAGGAUGCAGCUCUCACAGAUGAAGGAGAAUUUUACACAGAUGCUCAGAGCAGUGCGAGAUUCACCAUCGCCCGGAAACAUGGAGCAGUCACACAUGGAGAAUGCAACUAACGGCCGGCCGUGGGCUGCAAGAAGUGCCCAGGAUGAUCUGCGGGACCAAGUUUCCCCGAGGAGUAAUGUUGCACGGACGCUCAGAGAGAUCAGAAACAUGCAGACGGAGUUGAAGGUCGAGAUGUCGCAGAUGAAGGCAAACGUCACACAGAUGUUCAUUGAACUUAAGAAAUCCCAGGAAGACCUCAAGACGGAGCUUGCCCAGAUGAAUUACGACAUUGCCAAGCGGUUCAGUGAAAUACGAAUGUCGCUGAGUGACUGGAGACAGGAACUGGGACAACUGAAGAGUGACUUGAACCAGCAAGCAAGUCUGCUACAGAAAGGAGUGCAAACUGGCAGAAGAAGUGAACAUGGAUAGAUAGGUAACACUUCGGAUCUGAUGAAGGGUCCCGACCCGAUACAUCACCUAUCCAUGUUCUCCAGGGAUGCUGCCUAACCCGCUGAGUUACUCCAACGCUUUAAAGUGUCUUUUAUUCAAGAUUUAUGGGUGUUUAGUUGUCAUAUGCACUGGGACCAGAGCAAUCAAACUCUUGAGGAACUCCGAGGAGGAUUCCCGACCUAAAACGUUACCCAUCCUUUAUCUACAAAGAGGUUGCCUUGCCCGCUGAGUUACUCCGGCACUUUGUGUCUGUCUACAAUCAAACUCUUACUUGCUGCAGUGGGAAAUCUUUAUAUCCUCCCCGGAUUGUAGACUUCAUGCGGAAACCAGGGCAAACAUUUAAUCUAUGAAGAUUUCACUCAGCAAUGAAACUGUAACCAUGUAAAUCUAAUGUAUGAUGUACUACCUGUACAACAAGAUUGUAUGAGGUGCCAGAGGCCCUGUGUGAUUGAGACCACUCCCUGAGUCAUAUUCAGUCACUGCAAACCCAGCGAUCGAUGUCAAUAAACCUUAUCUGAAUUGGAGUUCUGUCAAUGUGCUACAUUAACAUCAGGGUCAGUGGGGUUUAUAAAUGCUUCAUCCUUUAGGAAGGGUUAGAUAAGGAAUGCAGUCAUGACCAUUACACCGUGAUCACAUGAGGUGGGGCACUGCGAGUCGGAAGAAGGCUCACUCCAGCGUUUUGUGUCUAUCUUCGGUGUAAACCCAACAUCUGCAGAUCCUCCCUACACUACCUGUCCAACUGUUGAGACCAGGCAAUAUGACUCUGCCCUCAAGCAAUUUGAUAGCUCAAACAGAGACACACAAUUAACCGCAGAUGCUGGAAUCUUGACAUGAGCAGGACACAAGGUGCAGGUGGAAUUCAGCGGGUCAGUGGACACAUGGAGAGGGAAUAG